GAGGAACUUCAGAGCAAUUCGGGUGUGGCGGACUUGAAAAACCCUGAAAUAAAUCAGAGCGAGGUGGAAAGAAUAUCUAACGGCGCACAUUGUUGGGCCUUGGGAAAGUGCUUUCGGAAAGUGGAGGGGAUUAAAUCGGCAAAAAUUGCAGAACAGUGGCUGAACGAUUUCUCACAAUUUGACAUCUGACUCCAUUCAAACGCCUCUGCUUUAUCGAAGUUUAGUGGCCCACUUUUUUAUAUACCUGUUCGCAAACUGCUUUGCGUCUUCAGCAAACUUCAUUGGAUUUUUUUUGUCUGUUUGGAAAAAGUCAGUUCUACAGGAUUUUCUUCUCCGCGUAAUGACGAGAUCCAGUGUCGGAGUACUUUAUUUCGCGUGGGAACCUUAACUGUGACGAUUUGAGCUGAUUGAGGCUUAACUUUGAAACAGGGUUUGGUUCGUGUGGAUAAAAAAACUAAAGCUUCUCAAACUUUUUACACUUACAUGAAGAUAAUCGUAAAACAUUUUGCUGAAAGCAGUUUCCUCGGGCUCGCGAGUAUUUUUAUUCGGAGAUUUUUUUUUUAUGCAAAGGAGAAGUUACAAUAUUCUAACAGUUCGUCACAGAAGACUCUUAAAUUACACCCCGCAGUGUAAAAUAAAGGUAGCCCUGAAAGGCAACUCACGUUUUUGAAACUUAUCUCAGAAAUAUCCGGCGCCCUGAAGCGUGCACUUGGAACCAUGGGUUGUACAGUAAGUCAGGAAGAUAAGGCGGCCGCCGAGAGAUCCAAAAUGAUCGACAAAAACCUACGCGAGGAUGGCGAGAAAGCUGCAAAAGAAGUGAAACUGCUGUUAUUAGGUGCUGGUGAGUCAGGGAAGAGCACCAUUGUGAAGCAGAUGAAGAUUAUCCAUGAAGAUGGCUACUCAGAAGAUGAGUGCAAACAAUACAGAGCUGUGGUCUACAGUAACACCAUUCAGUCCAUCAUGGCCAUCAUUAAAGCGAUGAACAACCUGAAGAUCGAAUACGAGGAUUCUGCCAGAUCAGAUGAUGCACGUCAACUCUUUGCUCUGUCCGGCGAGGCAGAGGAACAGGGCAUUCUCCCUGAAGACCUGGCCAAUGUUAUCCAACGGCUGUGGGCUGACGGAGGAGUUCAGGGCUGCUUCAGCCGCGCCAGAGAGUAUCAACUCAAUGACUCUGCUGCCUAUUAUUUGAAUGACCUGGAGAGGAUAGCCAAAGCAGACUACAUUCCCACCCAGCAGGACGUGCUGAGGACCCGAGUGAAGACCACGGGUAUCGUAGAGACACACUUCACCUUUAAAGAUCUGCAUUUCAAGAUGUUUGAUGUGGGUGGCCAGCGUUCUGAGAGGAAGAAAUGGAUCCACUGCUUUGAGGGUGUGACCGCGAUCAUCUUCUGCGUUGCCAUGAGUGCUUACGACCUGGUGCUGGCCGAAGAUGAGGAGAUGAACCGCAUGCACGAGAGCAUGAAGCUCUUCGACAGCAUUUGCAAUAACAAGUGGUUCACGGAGACCUCCAUCAUCCUUUUCCUGAACAAGAAGGAUCUGUUUGAGGAGAAGAUUACCCACAGUGCUCUGACCAUCUGCUUCCCCGAGUACGCAGGUGCAAACAAGUACGACGAGGCGUCCGAGUACAUCCGCACGAAGUUCGAGGAUCUGAACAAGAAGAAGGACACGAAGGAGAUCUACUCCCACUUCACCUGCGCCACUGACACCAAGAACGUUCAGUUUGUCUUCGACGCCGUCACCGAUGUCAUCAUCAAGAAUAACCUGAAGGACUGCGGUCUCUUCUAGGAAACGGGCUGUCGAAGAGCCAGAAUUACUUGAACAGCCCUGAUGAGCAGAAGGUUGAGAGGUGGACAUGUCAUGACCAACUGCAUUGGCCAAUCACGGUUCCUGCUUUGAUGUGCUUUUAUAAAGACAACUAAGAGACUGAGAACUCAGAGAGCCUUGCAGAAUUGUAACAAAUGCCAAUAGCCAGAGCCUGUGUCUUCUAUCUCUCUCUCUUUCUCACUCAAAACUGUUCCAACAAAUGUCCGAUAUUUAAUUUUAAAGAGGAGCUCCAUAUUUCUUGUAUUAUUAACUCCUAUGGGCUUUGACCACAAAUCAACAAUUGUUGUAUUUUUUUUUGUUUGUUUGUUUGUUGUUUCGUCUCAUUUUUUUUUUCUCUUUCUUUGUUUGUUCGAUUAUUAGCAACAAAACUUUUUAUAUGAAUACUUUCAUUUUACUUUAGAGAAUCUGAUGUGCAAAUUUUAUUAAACUUUUAAUUGCAUAAAAAGCUUAUUUUUUAAAAGAGGCAGACUCAGAUAGAGAUUAUGAUUGAAAAAGGAAAGUGCUUUUUUUUUUUUUUUAUAAUGUUUACAUGAAGUCCUCAUUCAUAGCCAAACAUUGUAUUGUCCUGCAUGAACUGAACAUAGCAUAUAUAUUAGCUAAGUAAUCUGCACAGCAUAGCAUAACAUUCCUUUUUAAAAUGAAAAAAGAAAAACACAAAAAAAGAACAAAGUAUAUAUAAAAGA